AUGGAUCUCGCGGCACAAGUUGAAAAAAAUCUUGUCCAUUAUAAUUUGUGGACUGAUGUGCGGGUGUUUCGCAAGGACGACAGAUUUGCUGUCCUCCAGGGUCAGCCUCCAAGCAAACUAGCUGAGAAUGACGCCAUGCAGCCAGAAUGGGUGGUUCCGAAGUCCAUGAAUGACGUCAAAUGCUCCAUGGCGGAAAUUGCAGCGUGGUUUGACUAUGUGGCCACCAUUUCGGAGCGGCCAAAAAGAGUCACCAUGGCGAUCGUUCAAGACGACGGUACAGUCGUGUACUAUUUCGUCCACGAUGGCGUGACAGCUCCGCGGCAAAACUAG